ACAGUCCUCAUUGGUGAAUUAGAGUUGCAUGAAGCUUUUUAACAAGUUUUUCUCUUGAGCCCAAGCAUAAUCUGUGUUGGAAUUGCCACCCUGUGAAUUCCAAGCUCAGGGCAAAAGUAGGGUAAAGGUAAAUACAAAGUAGAAGCCAAAGUUACAGCAAGGAGACAAAAUCUGGAAGAACUGCAGAUGUUUUUGUUUUGUUUUGUUUUGUUUUGUUUUUUAGAAGGAAUACCUGCAAUUGUGCUUCUGUGCACUGAACAGUAGAAUUUUGAUUUUAAUAAUUUUCCAGCAGAAAAGAAAUCUGUAUUUGAGACAUUCAGACUAUCAAACAGGAGGAAAAGAAGCAGCCUCAAACAGAUCUCACCCAGUUAACAAAAAAAGGAAUUACAUUGCUGGAUGAUGGAAGAAAAAAAGCCUUCUAAAACAUGGGGAUAAGAAUGCAACAUGCCUACACCUGUGAUUCUGAAUUAAAUAGAAAAAUUGUCAAAAGAUCACUAUGAUCCAACUUGCAGACCUCUGCAUGUUACGGAGUGAUAAGGUUUUGGAUGUGCUGGUGAGCCCUACUUAAACUGAAUGUCUUUUUAAUUGAAAGUUCAUUAGGUUUCUUUUAAAAACAACAGAUUAAAGAAUAAACUAAUUAAGAAAACUACUUUAGAUGACUGGGUGGGGACAGGAAAUGAAGCAGUGAGAGGCCUUUCAGGGAAAUCCAGGCACAGGUGAAGAAAAACGUGGAGUGGAAGUUGGAGUAUCUGAGGAACCAGAGAAGCAACCCAAGGAGAAGAAAGCCACCAGAAAAUAAAGGAGUAUGGCAAUGAUCAAGGACAUUCUCCGGUCCAGGAAUCUUUUGCUCGUUGUUCUCAUUCCACUUCUGCUGCUUCCUCUGCCACUUUUAUACCCCAGUAGUGAAGCCUCAUGUGCCUAUGUGCUGAUUGUGACUGCUGUAUACUGGGUCUCUGAAGCAGUACCUCUUGGUGCAGCAGCCUUGGUUCCUGCUUUCCUAUACCCACUUUUUGGAGUCAUGAAAUCCAGUGAGGUGGCUGCCGAAUAUUUCAAGAACACGACUUUGCUCCUCAUGGGUGUGAUUUGUGUGGCAGCUUCUGUAGAAAAGUGGAAUCUCCACAAGCGAAUUGCACUGCGCAUGGUCAUGAUGGCUGGAGCAAAGCCGGGCAUGUUGCUUCUUUGCUUUAUGUGUUGUACCACAGUGCUCUCCAUGUGGCUUUCCAACACAUCCACUACAGCCAUGGUGAUGCCAAUCGUGGAGGCAGUGCUCCAGGAGCUAGUGAAUGCUGAGGAGGAGCAUGAGAUCAUCAGUACUGCAGGCAGCACCAUUAUUGAAGAAAACGAGCCAAUAGGUCUCAGCGAAAAGCAUGGCCAGCCUUCACUGGAGCUUAUCUUCAUCAAUGAGGAUGCCACUACUACUGACUUCAGCUCCUUGAUGCACCCAAAGAGUAUGAAUGGUGUACACAUGAUAGCCAACCCUAUUGGAAUGAUGAAUUCUAAGAGCAAUGGGCAGCACCUACCUCAGACUCAGAUACUGGUCCUGCCUCCUAAGCCCUCAGAACUGGAACUGAGCACUAAAUACCGGUAUCAGACCAGACAUGACCACAUGGUCUGUAAAUGCCUCUCACUGAGUAUCUCCUACGCUGCAACCAUUGGGGGACUGACAACCAUCAUAGGGACCUCCACAAGCCUCAUAUUCUUAGAGCACUUCAACAACCACUACCCAAAUGCUGAAGUGGUGAAUUUUGGAACCUGGUUUUUGUUCAGUUUCCCUGUCUCCCUCAUCAUGUUGGUCCUGACUUGGUUCUGGAUGCACUGGCUGUUCUUGGGCUGCAAUUUUAAGGAGACCUGUUCUGUGAGCAAGAAGAAGAAGACCAAACGUGAAGAAAUGUCAGAGAGAAGAAUUCAAGAAGAAUAUAAGAAACUGGGAAAUGUUAGCUAUCCUGAGAUGGUGACUGGAUUUUUCUUCAUUCUGAUGACCUUGCUUUGGUUUACUCGAGAGCCUGGCUUUGUACCAGGAUGGUCUUCUUUUUUUGAGAAGAAAGGUUACCGGACUGAUGCCACUGUCUCUGUAUUUCUUGGUUUUCUCCUUUUCCUCAUUCCAGCAAAAAAGCCAUGUUUUGGAAAAAGGGAAAAAGGCAAGGAGGAUGCAGCAAGAAAGAGAUCUGGAGAUGAUAAUGAAAGGUCAACAGAAAUUAACACACUGGAUCCCAUCAUUACCUGGAAGGACUUCCAGAAGACCAUGCCCUGGGAGAUUGUAGUGUUGGUUGGAGGGGGUUAUGCCUUAGCAGCUGGAUGCAAGACCUCUGGCCUCUCUACAUGGAUUGGACGCCAAAUGCUGUCCCUGAGCAGCCUUCCCUACUGGGCUGUAACUCUGCUGGCUUGCAUUUUGGUGUCCCUGGUAACAGAGUUUGUUAGUAAUCCAGCAACCAUAACCAUCUUUCUGCCUAUUUUAUGCAGCAUGUCAGAAACCCUGCUUAUCAACCCUUUAUACACCCUGAUUCCUGUCACCAUGUGUAUCUCAUUUGCGGUGAUGCUGCCAGUGGGUAACCCACCAAAUGCCAUCGUCUUCAGUUAUGGGCACUGCCAGAUUAAAGAUAUGGUAAAAGCUGGCCUUGGUGUAAACCUGAUUGGCCUGGCUGUUGUCAUGGUGGCAAUCAACACUUGGGGAAUUAGACUCUUCCAGCUGAACACUUUUCCAGAAUGGGCAGCAGUUGGCAACGUCACUCGCCAAACAUAAUCUCCAAUAAAAAAAAAUUAAAAUAAAAAAAAAAAAAAUAAAAAAAGGAAAAUAAAAGAGAAAAAAAGGAAAAAAAAAGUGCAAAACCAAA